AUGGAUGCUACAAGUGAUGAGGUAAGUCCCAAUUUUAAUAGCCGAUUUCAAACUGUCACAGACCUAUGUCUGUUUUAGUCUAGGACACCAGACACUUCCGCCUGGGGAUGAGGUUAUGUCUGUAUAGACGUGUGUGCCAGCACAUUAUAACCAGUGAUGUAGUGGUAAAAAAUAGGUGGGUAAACAGUGAUCGUCGUUCACCGUGAGUAAAUUAACACUCCCUAUACAUUCAAAGCAUUUUUGCGCAUACGUUUUUAAAAGGCUUGUGUAAAAUAUAAAAGGUGGAGUUUACCCUCCACUACUCCACUGAUUAUAACACAAUAACAACAAGGCAACUACUAUGAAUUUUACUAAAUCCCAUGUCAUGCCCAUAUCUCCAUUCAGUAGAUAGUGUAUGCUCUGUCUCACUCACUCAUCUCUCCCACUUAACUCCAUCAGCAGUCAGGAGAGACAGAGGAAGGGGAACCAGACCUGCUGAUCAUCAAGGAAGAGGGAGAAGCAGAUGACCAGGACUCUAGGUCCAGCCACCCAGCCAGAACAGUGGAGGGCAGCAGAGAGCUAACCACCCAACCGGCUGCAGCCACCACAGAGGACCCCGCCUUCCAGCCCAGUGGCCCCAAAGGCAACAACAACAACAUCCACACCGCUAUGGAGGUCAGUGGAUCUGACCUCAUCUUCCUCCAAUCAGAAACAGGGAAUGUGAACCAGGGACCACAGCAGUUUACAGGAUUUGAUCCCAGAGCAGAGAGACAGAGUCUGGACACAAAGUGUGACGUGAACGGGGGCCUCAAUCUUCUAAGAGAUUCUUUAAACCAGGUGUUGAGAGAGGUAGUAGUGACUGAUGAUGGUGCCUCUGCUGCUCACACUAAAGUAAUGGACCUAGGGAGUGGCCCAGUGGGCUCAGAAAUGCAGACUAGCUCUGCCAUAGAAAUGAGAAGUGUAGGGUUAGAAAACCACAGGUUCCAUUCCUCAUCAGAACAUGUGAUAGUGAUUGACUCUGUAUCCAGUGGGCAGCAGGUAGAUAGAGAUUUUGAGUGGGGUCAGGUGGGUACAGCUACUACAUCACAGGUCAAUUGGACUGGAAAUAAGCAGGAAGUGGGAGUGUUUAACAGAAACACACCAAUGAUUCAGCCCCGAAUCGAUGAAAGACAACACGACGCAAUUGGUUUCACCCAGCUUCCGGCCCUCAGAGAUAAAUACAGGCAUGCAUCUUGACACAGGAAAUGCAGGUGAGGCCAACAAAGCUCGUUGGUGCUCGUUGGCAAGCCUCCAUAGACACUCUGAAAUACCAGGAAGAGGAGCUCAACAACUAGCUCAUACCUCACUUCCUGUCGGCCAUUAUAGACCAAGCACCACAAUUUCAUCUCACUUGAGUAAUCUCACCACACACGUUAGACCUGGCACUGUAGAACAACCGUACAGUUGCCCGAACUGCCAUAAGCAGUUUGUCCAUGAGAGCGACUUGCGGCAGCACGCUGUUGUCCACACCAGAAAGCGGGGGUUCGCCUGCACCUUGUGUGAGAAGAGAUUUGUGUGCGCCAGCCAGCUACAAAUGCACCAGAACGUUCACACUGGAGAGAAGCCGUUCAGUUGUGCACAGUGCGGGCGCAGGUUCUCCCACUCCAGCAAUCUGAAAAGACAUCAGAAGCUUCAUCAUUGAGUACUGACACAGAAGCAAGAGAUUCCUAUUGAAAUAAACCGUUAUAGCAAUAUCAUGAGUUCAAACGUAAUUUGUUCUAACGUUGUCAUAUGUUUGCCUUGGUCUCAUACGUUUACAUUUCCAAAAACAUUUGUUACAUUUUAGGAAUUUAGCAGAUGCUCUUAUCCAGAGUGACUUACAGGAGCAAUUAGGCUUAAGUGACUUGCUCAAGGUUACGUCGACAGAUUUUCCACCUAGUCGGCUCUGGGUUUCAAACCAGCGACCUUUAGAUUACUGGCCCAGCGCUCUUAACCGCUAGGCUACCUGCCGCACAACCUCGUCUCGGAGUAUUUCGUAUUAUUCUUUACGUAAAUCCGAGAUACUACAUGUAGUAUAUGUUACGUUUCGUAUUGGUAUGUAUUCAUUUGUGGAUGUCCAUCAUCCAUUUCGUAUGAUAUAUUACGAAUUACAAUUUGUAUGCUAUUUUACGAAUUUGAAAAAUGUACAAUAAGUUACGAAUUUGCUAAACGUAUGACGUUACGAAUUCCAAUUUGUUGUGGCUAACGUUAGCUAGGUGGCUAGGUAGCUAGGCUAGGGGUUAGGGUUAAGGUUAUGAGUUAGGUUAAAGGGUUAUGGUUAGGGGAAGGGUUAGCUAAAAUGCUAAGUAGUUGUAAAGUAGCUAAAAAGUAGUAAGUAGUUGAAAAGUUGCUAAAGUUGUCCAUAAUGAGAUUUACGCCCACCCAUCCACCCCGACCAACCAACCACACUCCUUUCAUUUUUGCCUCAAGUAACCUUCUUUCUUAUGUAACCAAAUGUAACAUAUCAUAUUAAUUUGAGGGUCAUGGAUUUAGUUUACUAUGUUACAUCUAGUCUAUGAGACAAGGCUGGUUUACAAUACAAUGUGGUUCAGAUUUACAUUAUCGGCAUAAACUGUUACGUUUUUUUUAGUUCCUUGGCUCCUUCAAGGCCAACAGCAUCACUCACAUUGACUGUUAAGGUUGAUAAUGGUUGUUUUCUUAUAAUAAUACUGCGUGCCUCACAAAGUUAUAGCAGAUCCUGCAGUUGUACUGUGAGAGUGAAAAACUGUCUGUUCUUUUGUACCAAUUUGACCAAUGGCUAUUGCUGUUUGUUCAUUAAAUUCCAUAAUUCCCUCAAUAAAUAAUAUUUUUCAAAGAAUUUCAUGGUGCUUUUUUUUGUUUUGUAUUUUACCCCCUUUUUAUCCCCAAUUUUGUGAUAUCCAAUUACGAUCCAAUUACGAUUUUGUCUCAUCGCUGCAAAUCCCCAACGGGCUCGGGAGAGGUGAAGGUUGAGUCAUGUGUCCUCCGAAACAUGACCCGCCAAACCGCGCUCCUUAACACCCGCCCGCUUAACCCGGAAGCCAGCCGCACCAAUGUGUCGAAAGAAACACUGUUCAACUGACUGAAGUCAGCCUGCAGGCGCCCGGCCCGCCACAUUCAGUACCGGGUCGGACCCCCUGUAGCCAUGAAGGGAUGCACCUGGUCAGCAACAAUGUUCAGAUACGAUGUGGCAUUCAAACGUUGCUCAAUUGGUAUCAAGGGACCUAUGCCAGGAAAACAUUACACCACCACCACUAGCAUGUACCAUUGACACCAGGCAUGAUGGGGCCAUUGACUCAUGCUGCUUACGCAAAAUCCUGACUGCCAUCAGCAUGACGCAACAGGAACCAGGAUUCGUCAGACCAGGCAAUGUUUUUCCACUCCUCAAUUGUCCAGUGUUGGUGAUCGCAUGCCCAAUGGAGCCGAUUCUUCUUGUUUUUAGCUGAUAGUAGUGGAACCCAGGGUGGUCGUCUGCUGCAAUAGCCCAUCCGUGACAAAGACCGCUGAGUUGUGCGUUCUGAGAUGCCGUUCUGCACACCACUGUUGUACUGCGCUGUUAUUUGCCUGUUUGUGGCCCGUCUGUUAGCUUGCACCAUUCUUGCCAUUCUCCUUCGACCUCUGUCAUCAACAAGCUGUUUUUGCCUACAGGACUGCCGCUGACCGGAUGUUUUUUGUUUUUUGCACCAUUCUCUGUAAAUCCUAGAGACACGGUCGUGCGUGAAAAGCCCAGGAGGCCGGGCAUUUCUGAGAUACUGGAACCGGCACGCCUGGCACUGACAAUCAUACCACGCUCAAAGUCGCUUAGGUCACUCGUUUUGCCCAUUCUAACGUUCAAUCGAACAGUAACUGAAUGCUUCGAUGCCUGUCUGCCUGCUUUAUAUAGCAAGCCAGGGCCACCAGACUAACUGUCUGUAGUUGCAAACCAUUUUCGUGAAGGGGGUGGUGUACCUAAUAAAUUGACAACUGAGUGUAUAUUUUCACAUUGACCCUAAAUAUAUAUUCUCACAUUGACCCUAAAUAUAUAUUCUCACAUUGACCCUAAAUAUAUAUUCUCACAUAGAUCCUAAAUACUGUAUAUUCUCACAUUGCUUCCAAAUGAAAUCAGUCAGUUGGCAGGAAAUUACGUUUCCCUUUCAAAAGUACAGGCAAUUAUUGCAGUCCAAUUUGAGUUUUAUAUGUUUUGAGGACAGAGAAGCUUUAGAUUUGCUGUGUCCAUGAGUUUAGUCAGUAAAUUAACAACUUAAUUCAAGCCGUUGGAUCAAUAAUAUAGCCUAGUCAUAGCUGAGUUAUAAUAGACCUGUAUUUGUUUGAGAGCUUUGUAAGGCUCAUGCCUGUCAACUUAAUUCCUCCCUCCUCUUUUCAGGCCAAAUCUACUAUGGAAGGGGAGAGAGACCUCCAGCCAUGGAAGAAAGAAGAGGAUCUGAGGGAGAUGCCAGGUAAUGCUGAAUGGAUUGCUGUAAUGAAAAAUGACAUACUGAUUGACUACCUCAUUGUUUUAUUUGACUGCAUAUGACCAUCAUGCUUUUGUUGUCUCUUCAGGCACUGACAGUGGCCAGAGAAUACCGGGCCCGGACUCACAGACCUCUCCAGACACAGACCAAGCAGAGCUCACUGAGCAGCUCAGAACCAAACACAUCAUAGUGAAUGUCAACAGGUCAGACACGGAGCCUGAGAGCCUGAGUCAGGUGCUCCAACUCACAGGUCCAGGACCUGUUGCUAAACCUGCGAGAACAACCGAUCUGCCUGUAAACUCCUGUAAGCGAAGAGGCAGUGAUACAGUGACUGAGCGGCCAUCUUGUUCUAGUUAUGCUGCCGAGACAGUCUCAGGAAGCCCCUCGCCUCUCACAAAGGUGAACUCCAUUCCCCCACUUCCUCAGAUGGUGAGGGGUGAACACGAGAAUUCCCAUGGCGGUUCAGAGGUCAAGUCUGAGGUCAUAGUUAUCGACCCCCUUCCUGUUGACGAGGGGGAGGGUGGGGAUGACACACCCUCUUCCUGGAGACAAGGUGACAUCAUGGAACCCAGGCAUCAUCAAGGAGGACAUAGUGAAGCAGAUGCCAUGCUUCUUGGAGGACAUUCGAGUAACACUUAUCAUCAUCAUCCUCACCCAGGUGUCCAGGCAGCAGCGAGACAGAACUCCCCCGAGAAUCUGUUCUACACCAUUGGCAUGGACGGCGCUUUCGACAACCGCCUUGGCACCUUUCAGAACCCCGCAACCACCGCCACUGCUCCAUUCGCCGAGGGAACCGGAGAGCUGCAGUACCCCUCCUGGGUGGAUUUCCCUGGGAGCGCCCCCGACACCCACCUGGGCGACAUGACUGGGACUCAUCAGGACAGAGGAGUGGGGGAGGAGGGGGCGAGGUCCUACAGGUGCACCUUCUGCGGGAGGGAGUACCCUCAUCAGUGCCAGCUCAAGAUGCACCAGAGGGUCCACACAGGGGAGAAACCGUAUGAGUGCGCCCAGUGUGGGAAGCAGUUCAGCCAGCUGUGCGGCCUGAAGCGACACCAGAGAGUACACACAGGGGAGAAACCUUUCAGAUGCGCUCAGUGCGGGAAACAGUUCUCUCAUUCCAGCAACCUGAAAGUGCAUCAGAGCGUCCAUACGGGGGAGAAACGGUUCCACUGCACCCAGUGUGGAAAGAACUUCUCCUUUCUGAGCAAUCUAAUAAGACACCAGGCAGUUCAUGCACGUAAAUUAUAG